AUGUCAGUACUCACUUCUCCAAGAGGAAAGACAGAAGUGGUUCAUUGCCGGAGAACAGAAUCCCAGGAUAUAUAUUGUAUCAAAAAUCUCAUUAGAAAAUUCACCCAGAAGCUGUUUGGAAGGCUUAAUGUCAUCUAUCUUUUAGAAAAGGCCAACCUUGCUGUUACCCUCUGCAAUGACAAGGAGGAAAUCAUGGCCCAGGCCACCUUCAUGGACUAUCCCAACUGGAACAUUGCCAGGCAGGAUAACUGGGUGUCAGUGUUCCAGGAGCUUGACAGUGAGAUCGCAUGCACGCCGCUGAAUACUUUGUUCAUGCACCUCUUUGUGGCUGUGGAUGAGUAUUCCACUGGUUGCUGCAAAGAGGUUAUUAGGACCGUGUUUAAGGCAGUGCUGGAACUCCACUUCAUAUUCCUCAUAGUACCGUCCUACAUGAGCUUAGGUUCAACUCUAGUAACUGUUUUUAACCAAGUGGGGAAUGUCCCGUGCCUGACAUUUGAUGAGGACUUCGCUGUGUACAUAUGUCACAGGCAUAGUCAUUACCCUCAGUUACAUAUUCGUGAGGCCAGGGUGGAAGAUCAUGAUGAUCUCAUGCCAAUAUUUAUGCGCCAUGAUACAAUUCUGAAAGAAACCUAUGGUGAAUUCUUCCUGGCUGAACUUAUAGAGGCCCAAGAUGAAGAGAAUCAUGCUGUUGUGUGUGAGGUGGAAGGCAUAGCAGUUGGGUUCAUGAGUGUGUGCUCGAGAGUCAACAUGCAACUACUACACGAGUGCUUUGACUUGAAGCCUUUCCACGGACUUUGCCACCCACAUCCCAAUGACAUCCUGGAGCCACCGCAAGAGCUAAGUGUUCAAGAAAGUAAAGAUGCUGAGCUCCGGAGUAGCAGCCUGGGUUCCCAGAAAACCAUUGAGGAUCACCGGGAAUCUGCCUCCUUUGAUGUCUUGGAAAGCAUCCAGGAAAAACUUGGUGAUGAAGCUGUGACUGAGCAAUCUCUAUCAACAGUUCAAAGUGAAUACGGCAGUGACAUUGAGGACAUUGAAAAGCUCAGUGAAGUUUCCAUUGUUGAGGAGGUAGAAUAUGAAGUCAGCAGCGAGAGUUCAGCAUCCAUCUUACUGCUCAAGGAGAUAAACAAUUUCCGUCCCAGCUACAAGGGAGCAUCAACUGCUUUUUGUAUUCAGCUGUUUUGUAUUGAUGAGAAGCAUGAAGCAAGGUCGCUGGACUUUAUGGAUUUUGUUUUCCAUCUGUUUCCUGACAAGAACUUUUGUGUAAUUUCUCUGCCCCACCUCACCCCUGAGUUUGUCCUCAUCCAGAACUUCGUGAGGAUGGUCCCUUUCAACAACUGUGUCCUUGAACAGGAUCUCUAUGUCUUCCAUAGGGCUGGACUUCUCAAAUCCAUUAAUAUAAGAUUAGCUACUGUCUUGGAUACUCCUGGUGUUGAAAACCUCGUUAGUACCCUCAUGCUGAGUAACAACAUAUUGGACGAUUUAAACCAAUAUAAUACAUCUCACGGAGACCCUGACCAGGGCAGCUUCCGUGGCAUUCAGGAUUCUUCCCCACUCAUCUUGGGACAGCCUCUGCAUGUCCUGGAGGAGUGCACAACCACCACGCUGUUUUUGCAGUUUCAAGAGACACUCAGCACCCUCCUGCUUCUCCUUAGCCAACUCACAGAAUUGUUCCACACCUUCCAAGGCCACAUCAUCACAAUUGAAAUAGAAGCCCAGAGAGAGGAUAUUGAGUACAUACGAUCCCAUUACAACAUUGAAGAUUUCAUCUACUUCAGUCACCACCAGCGUGAGGAACAUGGGCACUUGCAUCACUUUGCCAUGAACCCUAUUUUUCGGCACUACACCAAGUUUUUUCUAAAAGAGAUUCUUCGUUUAGGCUUUAAGUCUUGUCUGUACUACCCUGUUUACCCACACUGCAGGACCAGCAAGCUCCAGAGUCCCUACGCCCACUCCCUGACAUCUGCCCUUCAUUACUUGGUUCCCGUGCGACCACGACGACAGAUUGUCUAUCCUCUGGAAAAGCUUGGCAUGAAUGCUCCAUCAAAGGAGGUCUCCAAGGAUCUGUCAAGUUACGCCUUGAACCACACAAAUAGAAAACUAACAUUGGAACCUAAAAUAGCUGUCAAUGCCAAGAUUGUUGUGGUUGGAGCAUCCAAUGUUGGAAUUUCCUUCCUAGAGACCUUGGUGUUUUGCCCACACCUGAAGUUUAAUAAUCUCACCCUGAUUUCCACCCAUGGACUUCCAGGAAAGAAUCUUCUGGCCACUGAACAAAGAAAGUUUUUAGCAAGCGACCACUGUUUUAAUGAUAGAGAUUAUGCGCUGAUGUCGCUUAGCUCUUGGGUCAAUGUUGUGGUUGGUAGGAUGACUGGAAUAGACCGAGUGGCCAAGCACGUCAUGGUUUCCCAGGAAGAAAUCGUGCUCUAUGAUCACCUCAUCCUCUGUACUGGACAGCAGUACCAGGUCCCAUGCCCUACAGGAGCUGAUAUUAGUCAACAUCUGACCAACAGAGAGAUUCCCAACAAUGGUAAGCAGCGGUACACAGACAUAGUCCCUUGCAAUCAUUUCACUCUCAACGAUGAAGAAGAUUGCUCUAAGGCCCUGGCUUGGAUAAAAAACAACUCCAUCACUACAGAAGGGAAUGUCAUUGUCUAUGGGAACACACUUGACACUUACACCACGGUGGAAACGCUCUUAAACCUCGGUGUCAGAGGUUCCAGCAUCUACCUCGUGCAGCCUCCGUCCACCUCCACCAUCACCUGUAUCAAUAACUACUCAGUGAAAAGCGCAGUGGAAGAGGCACUUGGAACAGCCAGAGUUACCAUCUACCAGGAUGCACUCCUGGCACAGUGGAACGAUGGACAGUACCCGGACCCCAUCAAAUAUGCCAGUUUCACCACGCCCACCAAGCCUUUCAGACUUCAGUGCUCGAUGUUCUUCAGUUUCUGUGAAAAAAACGUGGAUUAUGAAACUUUUAAAGCAUUAAAUGAUGCAUGUCUUGUCUAUGAUGGCCGACUUGUGAUUGAUACCAACUUCCACACCAAUGAUAUAGCCAUCAGAGCUGCUGGUUCCCUCACCAAGUUCUCCAAUCGAUACUAUUCCAAUGAAUGGACUCAUCGCAGCUUCAAUUCCAAAGAAAUUGGCUUUCAGCUUGCAGCAGCUAUGCUCAAUCUCUUUGACCCAACUCUUGAGCCUAUAACUGAGCCACCAGCUGACCUCGAUCGACUUAUCCCCAUGUACAAGGGAGCCAAGAUGCAAGGCGGCAUUCUUCCAGGCUCUUACCAUUAUCUGCAUGUUACCAAGCCUGCUAUUCCAACUCCCUUGGAGGUACAAAUGGCUCAACCCGAUUUUGGCUUAGAAAUUGUUACAGGUAAUGCAAAAAAUGGGAAUUACUUCAGAAUUCAUAUUAACAAGUAUAAGAUGGUAGAAACCAUUACCUGCCUUUCCAAAGAACCUUUCCCUGCUUCCAACUACAUCCGCUUGUUUGGCCAGCAUGAGCAAGUUCUCAACAACCUGUGUGAUCGGUAUGAAGGCAAACUGAUCACAGAUCUUUAUAGCUACUUCAUGGAGCCAUGGUGCAUGGCCAUCUUCCACGAUCGUUUUAUUGAUCUCAGGAAAGAGUUACGCCAAAUCUUAACCUCGAAGGAGGAGGAAGACCUUCCUUCCAUAGAACAGUUAGCCCAUCAAAUUGAGGAUGAAGAAAUAAACCUGCCUGAGAAGCCCCGGACAUACCUCCAACGAGCUUUUCAGGAAAGCAUCUACAAAUCUCUGGUGGACAAGAGCAUCCUUGAUUACUUACACUAUAACCAUUACCACCUGCCCAUGUAUGCAUGGCCAGGCAUCAUUUAG